CCCCGCCCCGCUGCCUGCGAGGGGCUCGCGAUGGCGGAGAGGCCGCCCCCGGUGAUCUUCUGCCAGGAUUCCCCGAAGCGUGUCCUAGUCUCCGUUAUCAAAACCACCCCGAUUAAACCGUCCCGGGGGGGCGAGGAGCCGGCGCCCGCCCCGCCCGUCCCCACCAGCCCCGGCUUCAGUGACUUCAUGGUGUAUCCCUGGCGCUGGGGGGAAAACGCGCACAACGUGACCCUCAGCCCCAGUAGCGCCGCCGCUCCCUCCUCCGUCCAGCAGCCUCGAGGGGGGGUGGUCAGAACCUCCAGCGGGGAGGAUGAGGAGGCGGGCAGCCCGGAUAGCGGCGGCAGCCACCUGAAGGAUGGUAUUAGACGUGGCCGACCAAGAGCAGAGACAGUGCGAGAUCUAAUAAGUGAGGGAGAGCAUUCAUCCAGCCGAAUCCGUUGUAACAUCUGCAACAGGGUGUUUCCACGAGAGAAAUCUUUACAGGCACACAAAAGAACUCACACCGGUGAAAGGCCUUAUUUGUGUGACUAUCCAGAUUGUGGGAAAGCCUUUGUUCAGAGUGGGCAGCUCAAAACACACCAACGUCUUCACACAGGAGAAAAGCCUUUCGUCUGCUCAGAAAAUGGAUGUUUAAGCAGAUUCACACAUGCAAACCGUCAUUGCCCCAAGCAUCCCUAUGCAAGACUGAAGAGAGAAGAACCCACAGGCAGACUGAGUAAAAAACAAACAGCUGACAAUAAAGCUGUUGCUGAGUGGCUAGCAAAAUAUUGGGAGACUAGAGAGCAGCGCACUCCUACUUUGAAAAGCAAAACCGCUCAGAAAGCUGACCAGGAACAACAAGAUCCCUUGGAAUAUCUUCAGUCUGAUGAAGAGGAUGAUGAGGAAAAAAAUAGUGCUCCCUCAGCUGCCCGCCGUCGCCUUCAGGAGCAGCGUGAACGCCUGCAUGGUGCACUGGCUCUUAUUGAGCUUGCAAACCUGGCUGGAGCACCACUGCGACAGUAG